GUCACGUGACCGUCAGGCGGGAUCAGCUGACAUUAUUAGCCUGCUAGCUUCUCCUUUCGACGCUCCUCCGCUAGAUAGCUCUCCCUCGGCCAUUAGAACGCCUUUUAUAUCUUCUCUGGCCUCUUAUUUCCACAAGUGAGACAGGGCUCGUUCGCUUGUCUGCUCGCACUGCGCCGAAUCGAUGCUGCUGGAGUGGAUGAUGAACGGACACGCCAUUCUUUACACCGGCCUGACUUUGGCCUUCUGGACCACCAUCCUGGUCGUCGGUUUAUGCUACACUAUAUUCGAUCUAGGAUUCCGCUUUGAUGUGGCAUGGUUCCUCACAGAAACCUCACCCUUCAUGUGGGCCAAUCUGGGCAUCGGCUUGGCCAUCUCGCUGUCUGUUGUGGGAGCAGCCUGGGGAAUCUACAUCACUGGCUCCAGCAUCAUUGGAGGAGGUGUCAAGGCUCCCCGAAUUAAAACCAAGAAUUUAGUCAGCAUCAUUUUUUGUGAAGCCGUUGCCAUCUACGGCAUCAUCAUGGCCAUUGUCAUCAGCAACAUGGCCGAGAACUUCAGUGGAACGACUCCUGAGACCAUCGGGGCCAGAAACUACCAAGCUGGUUACUCCAUGUUUGGGGCGGGUCUGACUGUGGGCUUCUCCAACCUCUUCUGUGGCAUUUGUGUGGGCAUCGUGGGCAGCGGGGCGGCGCUGGCAGACGCCCAGAACGCCAGCCUCUUCGUCAAAAUCCUCAUUGUGGAAAUCUUCGGGAGCGCCAUCGGCCUGUUCGGUGUUAUUGUAGCCAUUUUGCAGACGUCAAAAGUAAAGAUGGGCGACUAGAAGAAGUGUCGGCGACACCAGGAGGUGGACGACUCCGCUGGAAAAUAAAAUGGAUCAUUGUGUAAAUACAGCAUAAAUUAUUUGAAUGUUCUCUCCGCUGUGUAUUGUUUUCACCAUUAUUUAAAAGAAGAGGUGCACAAACUGUGUGUCGUACUGAAUGGUGGUUUAAAAAAACCCACACGAGACAGUAUUUGACGUGUGUGUGUGUGUGUGUGUGUGUGUGCGUGUGUGUGAGUGUGUAUGUGUUCCUGUGAUGUGCAUGUUGUGUUCAUGACUUGCCUGGUCUGUUCCUUUUCUUUCCUGUUGAGCCUUCAUCUUAACCUGAAGACUUUUUGCAAGAAAAGAUGAGAUGAUGGAGUUGUGAUUGUUUACAGCUAUGUCCAAAUUUGCAUAAAAGUUAGAAUAGUGUAAACAUCCAUUUUUGAAACCUUUUUUCUUUUACAAAUGUCCAUCAUUACAUGCAGAACUGUACUUAAUUGUUUUGUACUUAAUUUUGUACAUCAAUAUUAAUUCCAAUUGAUCUUUAGCAUUGUUUUGUGUUAUUGUCAAAUAAACUUUAGUUUUGUGGCUGCUUUUGUAACUUUUUAUUUUAUUUCUCUUCAUUCUUUAUGCUGUCCUAAUUGGACAGACCAGGCUAAUGAACUACCUAACUAAUGUAUGACUUCCCAACCUUUGGUCCUUGAUUAGUUUUUUUAUUUUAUUUUUUUUAAUCAAAUUCAUGUUGUAUAGCCUAUUAAGUCACGACUGUGUGUGUGUGCGUUAUGUUGACCUGGUGAUGAGAAAGUACAUGUGAAAUCUACAACAAAUCUAACCUUUAUUGUGUCUUCAUAAAUGUUUGUGGAUAUUAAAUAAAAGUGUAUAAAUUGUCUCAACCUGAGGAUUAUGAACAUGCAGCAUUCAACAGCAUCAUCUUGAGGGCGACAAAUGUAAAUAUUAAUAAAUGCAAUCAAUUAUUUUGAAA